ACCAGGGACAGUUCUGCAAAAGGGCCGCAGCAGGGAGCCCAGCACUGAGUGGGCCCAAACACUAAAUAUAACCUUCUCUCCUUGUCGGGCAAUGUCCUUCAUACUCUGAAGACAGGCGACCUUGCCGAAACGCUCACCCCACGGCUUUGCCAGGCUCCACUGAAGAAAGGGGCAAGCUGAACCGAGCUACAAGAUUAAGCGACCCUAAGGCCAAAAUCCUUGUGUCCACAGCAGACAAGCAGAGGCAGAACAAUCAGGUGGUGAGGAAGGGGAGGACACGGAAAUGACGAAGCAGGACACAGUUGAGGUUCCUGAGAAAACCCAACAGCCCACUGAGUGUUUCUUGACACAAGCAAAGGACUCCAAAGCAGAGGACUCCCGGAAGACCAGGAAGUGGAAGAAGAAGAAAAUUUCUGAUAUUCUUGCAAAAUCAGAGCCCAAACCAGGGACCCCUGAGGACCUUCAGAAGCUGAUCAGGGACCAUCACAGCAGCAGCCGUUCUGUGAUUGAAUUAGAAGAACUGCACCUACCAGAUUCCUGCUUCCUCAAGGCCAAUGAUUUGACUCACAGUCUCUCUUCAUACCUAAAAGAAAUCUGUCCUAAGUGGGUAAAACUUCGGAAAACCCACAACGAGAAGAAGUCGGUCCUGAUGCUAAUCCUCUGCAGCUCCGCUGUGCGAGCCCUGGAGCUCAUCAGGUCUCUGACAGCAUUCAAAGGAGAUGCCAAGGUUAUGAAAUUAUUUGCAAAACACAUAAAGGUCCAGGAACAGGUAAAGUUGCUGGAGAAGCGUGUGAUACACCUGGGUGUGGGGACUCCAGGGAGAAUCAAAGAACUUGUCAAACAAGAUGGCCUCAAUUUGAACCCCUUAAAGUUUCUGGUGUUCGACUGGAACUGGAGAGAUCAGAAGCUGAGGAGAAUGAUGGACAUUCCCGAGAUAAGAAAGGAGGUUUUCGAGCUUCUAGAUAUGGGAGUGUUCAGCCUGUGCAAGUCAGACUCCUUGAAGCUGGGCCUUUUCUAAGCCUGGCUCCCGAUGAAGAGUCCAGUUGCCAACAUCACAAGCACUCAGUGACCUACUCCGCUGUGAUUACGUUAAGUUCAUCACCCAGUGGAUCCCUGAGGCUGCCUCGUGGGGUUCUUUGACAACUGAGUCUGUCUUUUGGCUCCUGCCCUCAGAUAAUAAAAGCCCUGCCUGUGCGUGUUGUCUUGUUGAGCAGACAGUUUUCCUUUCUCCUCUGCUUUGACUCUGCAGGAGACAGGAA